CUAAUAAGAGAGAAAAUGACCACAGGGCACAUCAGGAAGCGACUGCGCAGUGAACGAUCCAUCUGCAGCUGCAAAUCUCCUCGACUCGGUCGCCAUACUUCUCUUCGCUCCUUCGACUUUUACGAAUUGGAUGUGUGGACCGAGAUCGCCAAGUUUCUGGACGGCAAAUCUCUGGUGAAGCUCGCGGUGACCUGCCGGUGGUUCCACGGCGUGAUUAUGCAAGACUGCGUGUGGAGGUUGGCCUGCUUAAGCCAUCUUCAAGUUCCAGCUCCAGAUCGUGUGGAGUUCAAAUGGAUUCAGCUCUACGCUUCGGCGACCAAUGGAAGCCAUUCGUACUCGUUUCAUGAGAAGGAGAAACAUCUUGACUGGAUGAGGGUCGGUGCCUUCUUCCUAGACUCACCAUCAGUAAUCCUUACCCAGAGACUGACCUUACCCUUGAAGAUCAUGAAACGUGAACAGCUCAGGACCAUGUUGGGAUCCAAUGGGGCGUGUUUGCUGAGCGGCCUUAAAACAGGCAUCUGGAUGGCAGAUCUACAUCUGGUUCGUUGCCCUAUCUGCAAACUUGAUACUUGCGUGGGAAAAAUGCAGACAUUUGAUGCGAGGCAUAUAGAGUUGUUCCUGAGUGAGGAGUACCAGAACUGCAUUUGGGUGUAUGAGCACAUAGGAUCCCAUGUAGUUAAAGGAGAAGCAGCCAAGGCAGCCUCUGCAGCCAUGCUGGACCUCAAGCACAUCUCUGACCGCCCAACCGCUGAUGUGUUCAAUCUCAAACUCUGGGCUGGACGACCGGACGAUUUCCAGCCGAAAGCUAUGCUCACUCUCCAUGCCGUUGCAGUCAGCACCAACUUACAGGCCAAUCAAGGACUUCUAUCAAAGUUCUACGUGAUGCGAGCUGGAACUGGAGGAGAAAUUGUUUCCAUAAGAGUCUCUCAGCAGCUCCUGUAACUCCCUCUCUCCUUUAGUCAAUUCCACUCCGGUGAGUGUCAGCCAUCAUCAUUCAUCAGUCACAGAGAAAACAACUCAGAUUUUUAGCUAGUAAGUUCGAACAAGCAACAUAUACAUAUGUCAUCAUACUUUAUUAUUCUCUUGAUUCUUGAACUCCUUACCUUCAGCCAGAUUCUACAUUCAGUACUUAGAUAGACAGAUAGCUUAGAUAAACAAAUGGGGCAUCAGGGUCAGACUCAAGACUUAUCCUCCCUUUUAGUUUAAACCAGCCUCCCCAUUUUCCCAGUUGACCCUGUAUUAGUAAACUGCAAGGAACACACAGGUUGCAAAUUCUUUAGUGAUAUGGAAUAAGAGGAAGAUGCUUAAUUCAUAUUAAUUCCUCCUUCUGAGUUCUGACUUUCAACAGUUGCUGCCCUCAGUCCCUCCAUAUUUCAACUCCAUUUUUAUCUUUUAAAAAUUCUCCCCCUUCACCUGCUUCCAUUCUUUUUUAUUCCCCCGCUUUGAUUCAACGGGGGAGGAUAUUUGGAAGCUAGAAGAGGGUUCUUCUCAGCUGACGAGCUCGGCCUCAUUUCUACGAGCAAUGGCCAUCUCAGAGGUACUACUAAUUCUCCUUCUCCUCCACCAGAGCAUUCCCUUGUCCACGUCAUCAUCGUCGUCAUCAUCAUCAUCGCUACCGCGGCAGGACUGCAAAAUCUCCACAUGCACCGGCCGGAACUCGAUCCCCGUCCGGUUCCCCUUCCGCCUCGCCGGCCGGCAGCCGCGGACCUGCGGCUACGGCCCCGGAUUCGACCUCAGGUGCGACGCGCAGGGCCAGACCGCCCUCCUCCAGCUCCCUCUCACCGCCGGCGACUUCGCCGUCCGGAGCGUCGACUACCUGACCCGGCGGGUCUGGAUCAACGACCCGGAUAACUGCCUACCCAAACGCAUCCUCGCCCUCGACCUCGCCGGCUCACCGUUCUCCGCCGCGUUCUACCACAACUACACUUUCCUCCGCUGCCCGACCCAGCUCGUGCGCUCCCGAUUCACCACCGUCGCCUGCCUCAGCAACUCGACGACCUCGGUUCUGGCCACGUCUUCCUCCGGCUUCGUCGGGUUCAUGACCGCCACGGCGUCCUGCGAGGUCGCCGGGACGGUCAGGGUGCCGGCGUCCUGGCCGGUGCCGUUUAGCGACGGGUCGUCGACGGCGCUGGACGAUGAUUUGAUGCUGGUGUGGGAUUCCCCCGAUUGCACGGAUUGUGAGUCGCGAGGCGGAUCCUGUGGGUUUAAGAACAACGCCACUCGAGUUAUUGGUUGUUCAGGUGUGGGGUCAGCGUCUGCUUUGAAAGUUCUGAAGGUGCUCUCCCUAUCCCUAGCAAUCCCGGCAGCAGCUUGUGCCACCGGGAUAGCAUGCUUCGCAUUUUUCAUCGGCAGGGGACGGCGCGGGGCUACCACCAUGACCAUCAAUUCCGGCCACCGGAAUCCCGCAACAGCCGUAAUGCCGGAGCCGCCGGUGAUGGUGACGGUGGGUCUCGACGAGUCGAUCAUCGAAUCGUACGAGAAAGUGGUGCUGGGAGAGAGCAAGCGAGUUCCCGGACCAAACGACACCGCCUGCGCCAUCUGCCUGACGGAGUACUGCAGCAAGGACACCAUCAGGUUGAUACCGGAGUGCAAGCACUGCUUCCACGCAGAGUGCAUCGACGAGUGGCUGCGGAUGAACACCACGUGUCCGGUUUGCCGGAACUCGCCUUCUUCUCCGGCAAAUGCCGCCCAUGCCGCCGGAGGAAACCCAGGAGGAGGAGACACGACUGUCUGAUUGGAAAUGUGACAAAAACUCUCUCUCUUUCUCCCCUCUCUGUCUCUGUCAUUUAAAUAGUUUGCAUCAUGUAAAUUACAUAUCGUAGUAUAGGAAACGACCACACGAAGAGAGUUGACUAGUUGUUUAAGAGUGGGUUCAUUCAAGGAUUUGUGUUAUGAUGGACGAUAAUGCGACGAAGUGAGGAAAUAAACAAGAAGUGGAAUUAUGGC